AUGCAUGCGGAUACAAGCCCAGGGAUGAAUGGUCUCAAUCCUAGAUUCUACCAGAGGUUUUGGGAUGUUGUGGGUCGCGACAUUGUCCAAAGUUGCCGAGACUGGUUCAACACAUGCGUUUUUCCAAAUAAUCUGAAUGAUACCUUAAUUGUGUUGAUUCCAAAAGUAGAGGACCCAGAGGCAGUGAAAGAUUUUCAACCUAUUUCACUUUGCAAUGUAUUUUACAAAGUGUUUGCUAAGGUUCUGGCGAACAGAUUGAAGACCAUUCUGCCUAAUCUUAUUUCAUUAUCUCAGUCGGCUUUUGUUCCGGGUCGGUUGAUCUCAGAUAAUGUGCUAAUUGCUUUCAAGUUAAUCCACUCUAUGAAAACAAGAAUGACAGGUCGACAAGGCGCUUCUGCACUGAAGGUUGAUAUAUCUAAAGCCUAUGACCGGGUUAAUUGGUGUUAUCUACGAGCUGUUAUGCAGGGUUUGGGUUUUAGUCAGCGUUGGGUUGACUUGGUCAUGCUGUGUGUUUCCUCUGUUAAAUACUGGGUGGGAGUAAAUGGGGAUGAGGUUGGCCCAAUUAUUCCAGAACGGGGGUUGAGACAAGGUUGUCCAUUAUCACCUCAUUUAUUUAUUCUUUAUGUUGAAGGACUGUCGAAGCUAUUUAGUAAGUCUGAACGUGAAGUUACUUAUGAAGCAGCUUCAGGUCAAGCGGUUAAUUGGCAAAAAUCCGGUAUUUUUUUCAGCUCUAACACUUAUGAGCUAGAUAAGACUGCUGUUACAGGGGUUUUUGGUGUGAUUGCCCCUUUGAACCACGGAAGGUAUCUCGGUCUGCCAUCAUUAAUUGGCAGAGAAAGGAGACGAAUUUUUUCUUUUUUAAAAGAUCGAGUGAGGAAGUUGGUCAACGGUUGGAAUCAGAAACUCCUAUCCAAAGCCGGUAAAGAGGUACUAAUAAAGGCUGUCGCACAAGCUAUUCCUUCAUUCUGUAUGAGUUCUUUCCUUAUACCGGUAUCCAUUCUAGUGGAGCUUCAGCGGCAAAUGAAUUCCUAUUGGUGGGGAGGAAAGAUGAGAUGGUUGAGUUGGGAUAGACUAUGUGUAGCAAAGGAAGAAGGCGAUUUGGGUUUUAGACAUUUGCGAAGUUUCAAUCUGGCCUUGUUAGGCAAACACUGCUGGAGGCUUUUACAUAAUACAAACUCUCUCUUUUAUAGCUCUUUCAAAUCUAAAUAUUUUCCAAGCGGGAAUUUUCUUGGAGCAGGCGUUGGCCGUAAUCCAAGCUUUGUAUGGAGAGGGAUUUGUGCAGCAAAGGAUGCUAUUUGUUCAGGUUUUGAGCACAUACGGGUUUUUGAUCUUAUUUUGGCACAUGGGACACGCGCUUGGAACUUGCCAUUGAUACAUGGUCUUUUCAAUCCUUCAAUUGCCGAAAUUAUUACUUCUAUUCCUUUAUCUACAAUUGUUCAAGACGACAUCCUUAUAUGGCAUUGGACAGACUCUGGGAUAUACUCUGUGAAAUCUGGAUACAGACUAUUAGCAUCUCAAAAUGUGGAUACUGCAGAUGCUGGGCGAUCAACUUACUAUUGGGAACAUUCCCAACUUUCUUACAACUGUUGGAACAUUUUCACAAGGCAUGGGAGAACGAAUUUUUUUGAGAGUUUUGUUAUGGGGCUAUGGAGUGUUUGGUUGAGCCGUAAUGAACUGAAAUGGAAUCAAGUGGAAGAAGGACCCUAUCAAGUGGUUACUCGAGCCAGAAGUAUGCUCGCAUCUUGGCAGAAAGCCCAACGGACAUCGCCAGGUUCGGGUAUAGGUCCAGGUACUCCUGUAAGUAGUCAAUGGCUUCCACCACUUGUUGGCACUCUUAAAAUUAAUUUUGACGCAACUCUCCACCCCUCUAUCGGCUAUGGAGCCGUAGGUGCUGUAAUUUCAAAUUGUAAUAGGGGGUUUGUAUCAACAGCAACGUCUUCAUUGCAGGGUUGUUCUUCUCUAGCAGUAGUCGAAGCUCAGGCACUAAGAACGGUGCUGUCUUGGUUGCUUUCAGGCUACUCAAACUUGAAGAUUCAGAUUGAGACUGAUUGUCUGCAAGUUUACUGUGCUAUGAGGAAUUCUGUCCAAGACUGGUCUGAGUUUGGGAUAGUUAUUUCAGAAUAUAAACUACUAUUAGUCCAAUUGCCUAAUGUCACCUUGGCUUGGAUUAGAAGACAAGCUAAUGAUAUAGCUCAUGUAUUGGCUAAAUUAGUUCCUCAUGGGGCUUGUUUUCAAACUUGGGAUAUUGUUCCCACUUGUAUUGCUCGUUUCUUCUAUUAA